AUGGAUUUUGGUACCACAGUGACUGGCUGGCGUCGGUGGGCUGGUAGUGGUUUCUGUUGUUGGUCAGGUCGGUGGUUACCCUGGAUUGGUAGGCUGUGUUGUAGGUCAGGGUGCUCAAUAGCGGUUUUUACUAUUGAGUUAAUACACCAUGGUUGGAUACCAUUCCUGUUUAGUGUUUCGAGUAUAGUAGCUCGUCUUCAGCUACGGACAACAUGGUUAGAUAUGGUGUGCAACCUAGGUUUUUGGAGGUGUAUACAAAUAGAGCUUCAUUAUAUAAGAAUAAAGUGCUUAUGGUGUGGCAUGGAAGCUCCUCGUAUUAGAAAGGGUAAAUCGUCUGAUAAUUUACCUACCCACUACAGCACUGCCACAAUAGGAGUGUUCUGGGGUCAUGGCGUAUAUGACCCGACAGAUCCUCCUAUUCACAGAUGA